AUGCCGAACCAGUUUGCACACGGGAAGCAGGAGCUGCGGCCGGUGGCUCAGAGGAACAAGCCCAAGGUCAGCAAGCCUAGGGUGAGUGCUCAAGGAUUAAGCACACCUCAGGGAGUGGUGCCAAGCGAAGAGGAAAAGAAGAUAAUGCCUCAAACGGAGGAAUUCGAAGACAUGGUGGACGCGGUUAUCAAUCCCAAUGCUGGUGUGGCCUGCAACAAGCGAAGUGGAAGAACGUCUGAAUCGGCAGUGGCACCAGCAGCAGAAGCAGAAGCACAGGCACCAGCUGUGCUUGUGUUUGGAGAUUCACUGGUUGAUAACGGGAACAACAAUUAUCUCGAAUCGUUGGCAAAGUCCGAUUUCCCGCCUUAUGGUGUCGAUUUCCCUCAAGGACCAACUGGUAGAUUUUCCAAUGGCAAAACGAUAAUCGAUUUCAUCUGUGAAAUGAUUGGUAUUCCAUACCUUCCACCAUUCGUAGACCCCAACACCACAGGCAAAAAAAUCCUUGCGGGAGUAAAUUUUGCAUCUGCAGCUGCUGGCAUCCUCGAUGACACUGGACUAAACUAUGGGGAACGCAUAAGCUUGAGCGAACAAGUGGUGAAUUUUGAGAGCAUGUUGGAAGAACUAAGAAACGAAACAGGGGAGGAAUUCGAGAGGUACAUGGGCAAGGCAGUAGUGGUGCUGGUGUUUGGAAGCAACGACUACAUUAACAACUACUUGAUGCCCUCCCUCUACCCCUCAAGCUACAACUACAACCCUCAGGCCUACGGCGACCUCCUUAUCCAACACUACACAAGGCAGAUUCUGGCACUUCACAGUCUGGGUCUGAGGAAGUUCGCCAUCGCCGGAGUUGGGCCGCUUGGAUGCAUCCCCAAUCAACUAGCCAAAGAAGAUGUCCGCAAUGGCUCAUCCUGCGCAGCUCGCGUCAACGACAUGGCCAUUCUGUUCAACAAUGGGCUGGCAUCGCUGGUGAACGACCUCAACUCCAACCACUCCGACGCAGCCUUCACCUACAUAGACGUUUAUCGAAUUGUAGGAGAAAUGCUCAACAGUCCUGCUACAUACGGUUUUACAGUAAGAGAUCGUGGCUGCUGCGGGGUCGACACCGAUCAGGGGCAGAUUGAUUGCAUCCCCCUCACUCCCCCUUGUCAAAACAGGAGCGAGUACGUUUUCUGGGAUGCCUUUCAUCCCACUGAAGCAGCAAACAGAGUGCUGGCUCAGAGGGUUUAUGCCGGUCCCUCUUCCGAUUGCUACCCAAUCAACGUCUCUCAGCUCCUUAUGAUAUAG